UUCAGGGCGUUUGCAUCAUUUCGCCUGAAUAAUUAAAAAAAAUGUUCGCUUGCUAUUCACAUAGGUGAAUAUUGAAAGUCCAUCAACAUGUCUAAUUUAAUUAAUUUAUGACAAGUUACCGAAUAUUAUAUUUAAAAAGAAUACUUCUUUAAAUAUAAAAUGUAGAUGAUAUAAGCAUUCGUAUUGGACAAACUUUUAUUUUGAUAAUGUCGGAUGUUAAAACUGUCAGGAUAGGUUGUGAGCACUAUGCCCGCAAGUGUGUGUUUGUGGCACCAUGCUGUAAGAAAUUUUACAAAUGCCGUGUGUGCCAUGACGAAAAUGAGACUCAUGUGAUUGAUCGCAAGGCAGUGGAACACAUCAAGUGUAGCAUGUGUGAUCUGGUGCAAAAUGUGCGAAAUAUCUGUGAGGGCUGCAAUGUGGUGUUUGGGAAAUAUUUCUGUGAGAAGUGUCGGCUGUACGAUGAUGAGGACAAGGGUCAAUUCCACUGUGACGAAUGUGGACUGUGCAGGAUUGGAGGACGGUCUAAUUUCUUCCACUGUGAAAAGUGUGGCACAUGCUUGUCAAACCAUCUAAAAGGGAAACACAGGUGCAUUGAGGAGAUCUCACGCCGUAAUUGUGCAGUGUGUCUAGAAGACCUGCACACAUCCAGAAGUAAUGCCCACAUCCCACCUUGUGGUCACUUGAUACACAGGGCUUGUAUGGAGCAAUGUGCACAGACUGGCAACUAUUACUGCCCGACAUGUGCUGAAAGCCUGUUUGACAUGAAGCAGGCGUGGAAGAUACUGGAUCAAGAGGUGGCCAAUACCCCCAUGCCUGAUGAGUACAAGGACUACCAUGUGGCAAUACUCUGCAGGGACUGUCAUCAGGAGAAUAAGGUUCUGUUUCACGUGAUAGGAUUGAAAUGCCCGAAAUGUGGCUCCUACAACACAUGUCGCUCAGGUGAACGAUAUGAGACUAACAAUGUCACACCUCAGAUACAGCGUCAGAUGUCUGAUGUAGUUCAGGAACAGUGGUCAGAAGAAGCACAAGGUCAAGGGUCAGAUGGGGCUCAAGGUCAAGGCUCAGAUGGGGUCUAGGAUCAGGGAGGGCAGGAAUUGGAGUUGCUGAGGUCGUUGGUUGAUUCCUAAGCAGGGGCUGUCUCAACAUCAUCAUGUUUUAGUUUUAAUGACAGUCAGGCAGGGGUUAUCUCAAGGUCAUCAGUGAUAGAGAUGGGCAAGGUGAAGUGUUGGGUAGAAGAAGAUAUACAAGGUCAACUGAAGAGGGUGUGGAAGUUUCAUGGAAUGGUGAGGGAGAUUUAUGAACCCAGUCUAAUCAAUGUGUUUGACAUUGUAGUGUUCAAACCUUUAGAUGGCCUUAUAUUUUAAGGCCCGUAAAAGGUGACGAUCCGUAAUUAUUACUGAUUUUUAAAUAUUUUUUGCAUAUUUUAUUUAUAAAGGUUAUCAAAAAAUAAAAAAUAUAUGCUAUUGGACAUUACCAUAAAAAAAAUGAGCAAUACAACUUGUUUCGUGCUCAAAAUACAGUGUCCUCCAAGUCAAUUGUGUUUACAAACAAUCAAUAUAUUUAUAUCGCUGUUUACUGAUUCAUGCCAAUCGAUUCUGAGCCAGUUUUCCGAUAACAAAUUUUGUUUGGUCGGCACAAGACAUAGUGUAUCAUGUGACCAGGUCAAGGGUGAAGAGGCCGGACAUUCAAAACAAAAAUGGCGUCAAAAAUGUAACAUAUAUUAAAACAAAAAGUAUGCAUGAUGCAAUUUCAUGUUAAACAAAAUAUUGUACAACACAAAAUAUCUUACCAAACUCAUGUUCUCUUUAUUUGUUUACGAGGAUAUUGUGUUGUUUGUACUACAUCAUCAGUAAAUGCGUACUUUACGCAAAGAAGCUGAGUAACAUCAGAGAUAGCGAAAAUGUACGGAAAUUGCAAAGUUGUAAACAAUUCUGCAAAUUAUGAAACGGGUAUAUCUUCCAUAAUUCUUGACAACAUUGCACCUAAGCUGUAUUAUCAUUUUUUAUGCAAGAGUAACUGAAAUCCGAUAAAAAUUAGACCAGUUUAUAUGCAUAAUAAUUGGAUUUGUCACCUUUAACGGGCCUUUAAUAAGUGUUAGUUCAGUAAAUAAACUAGAUACAGUAA